AUGGCAAGAAGAAGAAUUAGGCUUGCAUGGAUAGAAAAUAGAGCUGCUAGAAAAGCGACUUUGAAAAAGAGGAGGCCAAGCUUGCUAAAAAAAGUUAGUGAAUUGGCCAUCUUAUACUAUGACACUGCUGCAAUCAUCGUCAAAAAGAUUGAUCAGGGGAAGAAAAUGUUAAUUCAAGAGUCAUACUUGAGGGAGGAAGUGGUUAAAUUGGAGAAGAAAGUCACAAUGAUUGAGAGGAAGUUGAAGGAGUUGGAGUUGAAAAAUCUGAUGAACCAAACUGACCAAGAUAGGAAGUUAGGAGGUUCAAUUUGUCAGAAGAAAAUGCCCGCGAUCUAA